UGCUCAAUGUGACAGCAGCGCUACAGUAAAGCUGCUCUCUCAGUGCUGGGCACUUCUCAUGCACAGCGCGUCUGCUGAGAGUACCGCCGAGCUCUCUGCGUCCUUCACCCGCUUCAUGCGUGAGGACAGGCCGCCAAAAACAGAGCCCGUAAGUGUCAGAACCUUGUCUUUUGCUCUUUUGUUUUGUGGACAAUCACUUGGAGUCUGGUGGGAACCGAAUAUCUGAUCGGAAACGUAGCGCAUCCGCUUGCUAUCGCACUGCAAGGAGGCAUCAGGAAACUAAAGAGGGGAGACAACGUGUUGUGAAUACAGAACAGAGUAACUAUUGGCACCUACAGCCCAGCGGUCUGCCGUGCGCCCGGAGAAAGCUUAAAGGACAUCGCUGCGAAGGAUUCAGCUUUAUUGUUGUAACACUUAGGGCUGUGAUUCAUCCCCAGAUGCUUAUUUAUUAGCUAAGUAUCCCCAUCUUAUCUUUUUGCUCUAUCCCGAAGGUGAAAACUGGCUGUCUGCCAUCGGUUCCCCUCGAAGCGCACAGAAACCCAAUAGACCUUGCCAAAAAACUCGAAUUAGGCGCGAUCUUUCUGUGGCUCUGACAUGCUGUAAGUUGUUAUCUGGACUGGACCUACAUUAUGGCUUCGCUGUAUCAGAGAUUCAACGGCAAGAUCAAUACGACCAAUUCCUUCCCGCAUCCACCUGAGGCCAGCCACCUCCUCGGUGGACAGGUUGCAGACGAGGAAAACGCAGCGAAGACCCCCCAGCAACCCGUCGGCGGCAGACCUCACGUCCAGUACCGCAAAAAAUGCUUGCGGGAGGGUGAGGAUGACCUGGUGGGGAGUGCGCCGGCUCAGAGGAACUGGAAGGGAAUAGCCAUUGCCUUGCUGGUCAUCUUCAUCAUCUGUUCCCUGAUUGUCACCUCUGUCAUUCUGCUGACCCCUCGCGAAGACGACAGCCUCGCCCUUAAGAAGAAAGUGACUGUUGAGGAUGUUUUUGGUCCAGACUUUCACAUCCAUGACCCAGAUGCCAAAUGGCUCAACAAGAAUGAGCUCCUUUAUCGCACAAGAGAUGGAGACAUUGUCAAGCUUAACGCUGACACCAUGCAGAGCAGAGUUGUCGUGCCGAACCAGUUGUUUGAUCGAGCCAGAGCUACCAAGUAUCAAGUGUCUCCAGACAUGCAACAUGUGUUGUUUGCCUUCGAAGUAAAACCGAUCUACCAACACUCCUAUGUGGCCAAGUACAUUAUCUACAGCCUUGUGACACAGGAAACCUGGUCUCUGAAUCCCCCUGAGGUGCAAGACACAGCUCUGCAGUUUGCCGGAUGGGGACCGCGAGGCCAGCAGCUGAUCUUCAUAUUUGAAAACAACAUCUACUACAAAACGACAAUAGACAGCCGAGCAAUCCGCCUGGUUUCCACCGGUCAGGAGGGCGUCAUCUUCAAUGGCCUUGCUGACUGGCUGUAUGAGGAGGAGAUCCUACAGACCCACAUAGCACACUGGUGGUCUCCAGAUGGGCUCCGUCUGGCCUACAUGACAUUCAAUGACUCGCUGGUGCCAAAGAUGGAAAUCCCCUUCUUCACAGGAACACUGUACCCUGCCAGCCUGGAAUAUCACUACCCAAAGGCAGGUGAGGAAAACCCUGUGGUGUACCUGUCAGUGGUGAGCCUCAACGGUCCCCUGCACACAGUGGUGAUGAAGAAACCUGAUGACCCCCGAAUAGGGAGGGAAUAUUAUAUCACCAUGGUGAAAUGGGCCACCAGCACCAAACUGGCUGUCAACUGGCUGAACAGAGCCCAGAACAACUCGAUCCUGACGCUGUGUGAGGCUACAACUGGAGUCUGCAUCAAGAAACAUGAGGAUGAGAGUGAGAGCUGGCUGCACAGACAGAACGAGGCGCCACUCUUUUCCCAAGAUGGACACAAGUUUUUCUUCACCAGGGCAAUCCCUCAGGGUGGGAGAGGAAAGUUUUUCCACAUCUCUAUGUCAACCUCAAUGCCCAACACUAGCACAGAUAUACUUCAGUCCCUGACCUCUGGUGACUGGGAUGUGACCAGCAUCUUGGCCUACAAUCAUGAAAGGAACCUCAUAUACUUCCUGAGCACAGAGGACGAUCCCAAGCGACGACACUUGUACAGUGCUGACACAAUCCCUCCAUUUAACCGCUGCUGCCUGUCUUGUGAGUUCAAGUGCGGCUAUGUGGAUGUUUCAUUCAGCCACGACAUGCAGUACUUCUUACUCAACUGUAAAGGCCCCUACAUACCGAGCGUUGCUAUCUACAUGACUGAAGACAAACAGAAGGUGUUUGAUGUGGAGACAAACGAGAGAGUAAACCACACAUACAACAACACACAGAUGCCCAUAGUGGACAACAAGACCAUCACCAUAGAUGACUACACCCUCACGAUGCAGAUUCUGAAGCCAGCUACUUUCGUAAACACAGCCCAGUACCCCUUAUUGCUGCUAGUGGAUGGUACGCCUGGUGGGCAGAUGGUGACGGAGCAGUUCCAGGUGGACUGGGCCACAGUUCUGGUCAGCAGCUUCAGCACCAUCGUCAUCCGCUUUGAUGGCCACGGCAGUGGCUUUCAGGGCACCAACCUUCUCCACAAAGUCAGAAGGAAGCUGGGAAAACUAGAGGAGAGGGACCAGCUGGAGGCUCUCAGGUUCAUAUCCAAAGAGCCUUACAUUGAUAAGAAUCGAAUGGGAGUCUAUGGAAAGGCCUAUGGAGGAUAUUUAGCCACAAUGCUUUUGAGCUCUGAAGAGUUUACCCAACUUAAAUGUGGAACAGCAGUCUCACCCAUCACAGAUUUCGAGCUAUAUGCAUCGGCAUUUUCAGAGCGAUACCUUGGCUCAAAGACGGAUUCUAGAGUAUAUACGAUGGCAAAUUUAGCACACAGAGCGGGUCAGCUUCUGGAGAAGCAGUAUAUGAUAAUUCACCCAACUGCUGAUGAAAAGGUUCACUUCCAGCACACAGCCAAAUUUAUCAACCAUUUAAUCAGCGAGAAGGCCAACUACACUCUACAGAUCUACCCAGAUGAGGGACACUUUCUACACAGUGAGGGGACACAGCAGCACCUGAGCCAAUCUCUGGUCAACUUCUUUGAGGUGUGUUUUCGGGUGCCAGAGGUACAGACCAACAACCAGCAAGAAGAAGAGGAGGAGGGGGACAACAGUUAGACCUGCUCCUUUGAGCAGCCCUGGCCAGCGACAACAGCACAAUAUGCAACCAAUCUUUCUAACCCAAUCACUCCACACCACCUGCGGUCCAGUGUGAUUUUAGCUCUACUCUGAAGUGCAGCACCCGCAUGUGCAAAAGGGCCCUCGGCCUGCAGCCCCUCUCCUGGCCGCUGACAAGAAAACCAGUCAAAGACAAAUAAGUCUCAGAUGUGAACAGUCAUAGCUCCCUCUGCUAUUACAAUAAAUGGACCAGUACUCCCUCUGGUGGACAAAUAGAGGACAACAGUCUACUGACCAACUCUCCACUCCCAAACCAGACACACUGAGCGCUUUGCAGCAGAAACUGGUCCCCAGUAAAGAUCAGUCUGUUGUUAAAAGGCUGCCGGUUUCUGAUAACCUCUGCCAGCCAACUUACUGAUUAUUGUGUUGAGUAUGAUUACUACUACUUGUUUCUCAGAAUUUCACUGUUCAGUGUCUUACAAUAGUACCAUGUCUGCAGCAGUCUUUAGUUGCUUUACAAAAGGGCACAAUGUUUAACUUGUGUUGUACUCCUAAAAGACGUGUCUAUACAAAAUGUUACAAAAUAUUUCCCCUCCUCCCAGUUCUGAAUGGAACAAAAUUUUUUUAGUCACUGUGCCUUAUUGUGGGUGAAAUGUUUAUGUUAAGAGCCCACACGACACUGAAAGUGAGUAAAUAUGGAUAGCCCUUGUCUGAACCGUGCAUUUUGUUAAAAUCAGAUUUCAUUUUUCCUCAAAGAAAGUUAUUAGUGAGCCAAGCUAAAAACACAAGCUACUGCAUACAGUAUUAGCUCUCAAAACAGGGACAAGAGUGAAUACAAAGUAACUGUACUGUAUGUCCAUUUGAAAGAUGUUAUUAUACUUGCAAGGUGUAAAGAAUAUUUAGUUUGCAAAUGAUUUUCUAUUUACCUUGCAAACUGGUGAGUUAACAAGGCUGACUUUUUCAUAAUUUUGUGAAUUUCUUUGACUUGUGUGUUAAAUGUCUCGAGUCUCUCCUCAUGUCACUUCUGUUAGUACUGUCAGUGGUUUCUAGUCAGCUGAUGUACAAAGUGUAUAAAUCUUCUAUUAAGUCUUUAUGUUAUAUGUGCAACUUGUAUAUAAAGCAUUCUGAAACGUAUGGUGUGCUG